UACUCGUUUCCUCUUAAGAAAAAAAAAAAGGAAGCGACUCAACCAAAAAUAAAUUUUAGGGGUUUUCGUUACUGAAUUAGUUUCCACUAAAUUCUUCGCCAUCUUUACACUUCCGCGACUCCGUUUCGGCGUUUGGAUUUGAAAAACCCUAGCCAAUGUCCUUAGCCCCUCCUGGUACCGUUGGCUCCAUAAUGCCGCCGCCGCAACCUUGUAAUCCAACUUCUCCUCCUCCUGUCGAAGAGAAGGCCCGUAGAUGGACGCAGCUGAACUCGAAGCGAUACGGAGAUAACAAGAGGAGGUUCGGAUUCGUGGAAACGCAGAAGGAGGACAUGCCUCCCGAGCACGUCAGGAAGAUCGUCAAGGACCACGGCGACAUGUCGUCAUCCAAGAAGUUUAGCCACGACAAACGCGUAUACCUAGGAGCGCUCAAAUUCGUCCCCCACGCCGUCUUCAAGCUACUCGAGAACAUCCCCAUGCCCUGGGAGCAGGUCCGCGACGUGAAGGUUCUGUACCACAUCACCGGAGCUAUCACCUUCGUGAACGAGAUCCCGUUGGUUGUUGAACCUAUCUACAUGUCUCAGUGGGGAACGAUGUGGAUCAUGAUGAGGCGGGAGAAGAGGGACCGCCGCCACUUCAAGAGGAUGAGGUUUCCUCCGUUUGACGACGAGGAGCCUCCCCUCGACUACGCUGAUAACUUGCUUGACGUGGAUCCGUUAGAGCCGAUUCGGAUGGAGCUCGACGAGGAGGAGGAUUCCGCUGUGUACGAUUGGUUUUACGACCACAAGCCGUUGGUGAAGACGAGGUUCAUCAACGGUCCUAGCUACAGUAGGUGGAACCUCUCGCUUCCGAUCAUGGCGACGCUUCACAGGCUUGCGGGGCAGUUGCUUUCUGAUAAUUUGGCUGAUCGGAACUACUUUUACUUGUUUGACAAGCAAUCUUUCGCCACGGCGAAGGCUCUCAACAUGUGCAUACCUGGGGGUCCUAGGUUUGAGCCUUUGUACCGAGAUAUGGAGAGAGGGGAAGAGGAUUGGAAUGAGUUUAAUGACAUCACCAAGCUUAUCAUUCGCUCUCCUUUGAGAACUGAAUACAGAGUGGCUUUUCCGCAUUUGUAUAAUAAUAGGCCGAGGAAGGUGAAACUAGGAGUGUAUCAUAGUCCUAUGGUUAUGUACAUAAAGACUGAGGAUCCUGAUCUUCCUCCGUUUUAUUAUGAUCCGUUGAUUCACCCAAUAAGCAACGCUAAUAAGGAAAGGCUGGAGAGGAAGUUUUCUGAUGAGGAUGAGGAUGAGGAUGAUUUUACCUUACCUGAGGGAGUUGAACCUUUGCUAAAAGACACACAACUGUACAGUGACACUACAUCUGCUGGCAUCUCUUUGUUGUUUGCUCCACGGCCUUUCAAUAUGAGGUCUGGGAGGACACGGCGCUCAGAAGAUAUCCCACUGGUGUCAGAGUGGUUUAAGGAGCAUUGUCCUCAAGCUUAUCCGGUUAAAGUUCGUGUUAGUUACCAAAAGCUUUUGAAAUGCUAUGUGUUGAACGAGGUGCACAGUAGACCACCUAAGUCUCAGAAGAAGAAGCACUUGUUCCGCUCUCUUGCGGCUACAAAGUUUUUCCAAAGUACCGAACUGGACUGGGUUGAAGCGGGUCUGCAAGUCUGCCGGCAAGGGCAUAACAUGUUGAAUCUACUGAUUCACCGGAAGGGUUUGAACUAUUUGCAUCUUGACUACAACUUCAACUUGAAGCCAGUGAAGACUCUGACCACCAAAGAGAGAAAGAAGUCACGGUUCGGGAACGCUUUCCAUCUCUGCCGUGAGAUCCUCCGGCUUACAAAACUUGUAGUCGACGCAAACGUUCAGUUCCGGCUCGGUAACGUUGAUGCCUUCCAGUUAGCUGAUGGUCUGCAGUAUAUUUUCUCCCACGUUGGUCAGUUGACUGGUAUGUAUCGGUACAAAUACAGACUCAUGAGGCAGAUCAGGAUGUGCAAGGAUCUAAAGCACUUGAUAUAUUACAGGUUCAACACCGGUCCUGUGGGUAAAGGACCAGGGUGUGGUUUUUGGGCUCCUAUGUGGAGGGUCUGGCUGUUUUUCCUACGAGGGAUAAUCCCUCUUCUUGAGCGAUGGUUAGGGAAUCUUCUCGGUCGUCAGUUCGAGGGGCGUCUUUCAAAAGCUAUUCCCAAAACGGUCACAAAGCAGAGAGUGGAGAGCCAUUUUGAUUUGGAGCUUCGAGCUGCUGUCAUGCACGACGUUCUUGAUGCUAUGCCAGAAGGUAUCAGGAAAAAUAAAGCCAAGACGGUAUUACAACACCUUAGCGAGGCAUGGCGAUGCUGGAAAGCUAACAUCGCUUGGAAAGUUCCUGGGUUGCCCGUACCAGUUGAGAAUAUGGUCCUCCGUUACGUCAAAUCUAAGGCUGAUUGGUGGACAAACGUUGCUCACUACAACCGUGAGCGUAUCCGAAGAGGAGCGACCGUUGAUAAGACGGUUUGUAAGAAAAACCUCGGAAGGUUAACUCGUCUUUGGUUGAAGGCAGAACAGGAAAGGCAGCAUAAUUACUUGAAAGAUGGUCCGUACGUUACUCCAGAAGAGGCGGUGUCGAUUCAUAGGACGACUUUUCAUUGGCUGGAGUCAAGGAGGUUUUCUCCGAUUCCAUUCCCUCCGUUGUCAUACAAACACGACACGAAGCUGCUCAUCUUGGCUCUUGAGAGACUAAAGGAAUCAUACGGUGGUGAUGUGAGGUUGAAUCAGCAGCAGCGAGAGGAGCUUGGUCUGAUUGAACAAGCUUACGACAAUCCGCACGAAGCUCUGUCACGAAUCAAACGUCUUCUUCUCACGCAGCGUAACAUGAAAGAGGUUGGCAUACAGUUUAUGGAUCUGUACAGCUACUUGAUACCGGUUUACGCAAUAGAUCCUCUAGAGAAAAUUACAGAUGCGUAUCUUGAUCAAUACUUGUGGUACGAAGGUGAUAAGCGUCAGUUGUUUCCGAAUUGGAUCAAGCCAGCAGACUCAGAGCCGCCACCGCUUCUGGUUUACAAGUGGUGUCAAGGUAUCAAUAAUUUGCAAGGGAUUUGGGACACAGGUGAUGGGCAGUGUGUGGUGUUGCUCCAGACGAAGUUUGAAAAGUUCUUUGAGAAGAUCGAUUUGACUAUGUUGAACAGGCUUCUCCGUUUGAUUCUUGAUCACAAUCUUGCAGAUUAUAUGUGUGCCAAGAAUAACGUGCUUCUGGCUUACAAGGAUAUAAAUCAUACUAACUCGUACGGUCUGAUCAGGGGACUUCAGUUUGCAUCGUUUAUUGUUCAGUUCUAUGGACUGUCGCUUGAUCUUUUGCUUCUUGGUUUGACUCGAGCGAGUGAGAUUGCUGGACCACCGCAGAGGCCUAACGAGUUUAUGACGUUUUGGGAUACAAAAGUGGAGACACGUCAUCCCAUAAGGCUGUAUUCUCGGUAUAUAGACAGAGUUCAUAUCAUGUUUAAAUUUACACAUGAAGAGGCUCGUGAUCUUAUUCAGCGCUAUCUUACGGAGCAUCCCGAUCCCAACAAUGAAAACAUGGUGGGAUACAACAACAAGAAGUGCUGGCCAAGAGAUGCGAGGAUGAGGCUGAUGAAACAUGAUGUCAAUCUCGGUAGAAGUGUGUUCUGGGACAUGAAGAACCGUAUGCCUCGGAGCAUCACAAGUUUCGAGUGGGAGAAUGGCUUCGUCUCUGUCUACAGCAAGGAUAAUCCUAACCUUCUCUUCAGCAUGUGUGGAUUUGAAGUUCGCAUACUUCCUAAAAUCAGGACGACGACGACGCAAAGCAAUGCUAAAGAUGGUGUCUGGAAUCUUCAAAACGAACAGACAAAGGAGAGGACUGCAGCUGCUUUUCUCCGGGUUGAUGAUGAACACAUGAAGGUGUUUGAGAAUCGUGUGAGGCAGAUUCUCAUGUCGUCGGGAUCAACAACCUUUACCAAGAUCGUCAACAAGUGGAACACGGCUCUGAUUGGACUCAUGACUUACUUUCGUGAAGCAACAGUGCACACGCAAGAGCUUUUGGAUCUACUGGUCAAGUGUGAGAAUAAAAUCCAAACAAGAGUUAAGAUAGGUCUGAACUCAAAGAUGCCGACUCGGUUUCCUCCGGUUAUCUUCUACGCUCCAAAGGAGCUUGGCGGUCUGGGAAUGUUGUCAAUGGGUCAUAUUUUAAUCCCGCAAAGCGACCUUAAGCACAGCAAGCAGACAGACGUUGGUGUAACCCACUUUAGGAGCGGGAUGAGCCACGAGGAAGAUCAGCUUAUACCAAAUCUUUACCGUUACAUACAGCCAUGGGAAAGCGAGUUUAUCGAUUCGCAGCGUGUGUGGGCAGAGUAUGCUUUAAAGAGACAAGAAGCACAGGCUCAAAACAGGCGUCUUACACUGGAGGAUCUUGAAGACUCUUGGGACAGAGGAAUUCCACGUAUAAAUACUCUGUUCCAGAAGGAUAGGCACACGCUAGCGUAUGAUAAAGGCUGGAGGGUUCGGACCGAGUUCAAGCAGUACCAGAUCCUUAAACAAAACCCCUUCUGGUGGACACACCAGAGGCACGAUGGGAAGCUAUGGAACUUGAACAAUUACCGAACCGAUGUUAUACAAGCUCUUGGUGGCGUGGAAGGUAUUCUCGAGCAUACCUUAUUCAAGGGAACGUACUUCCCAACGUGGGAGGGUCUUUUCUGGGAGAAGGCGUCUGGUUUCGAGGAGUCGAUGAAGUACAAGAAGCUGACGAACGCGCAGAGGUCUGGUCUGAACCAGAUUCCUAACAGAAGAUUCACGCUCUGGUGGUCGCCGACGAUUAACCGUGCGAAUGUUUACUUGGGGUUCCAGGUGCAGUUGGAUCUGACGGGAGUAUUCAUGCAUGGGAAGAUUCCUACGCUUAAGAUAUCUCUGAUUCAGAUAUUCCGUGCUCAUCUGUGGCAAAAGAUACACGAGAGUGUUGUGAUGGAUCUUUGCCAAGUGCUGGACCAAGAGCUGGACGCAUUGGAGAUAGAAACUGUGCAGAAGGAGACCAUACAUCCAAGGAAGAGUUAUAAGAUGAACAGCUCUUGCGCUGAUGUUCUUCUGUUCGCUUCCCAUAAAUGGCCGAUGUCGAAACCUAGUCUCCUUGCUGAGUCUAAAGAUAUGUUCGAUCAGAAAGCGAGUAACAAGUACUGGAUAGAUGUACAGCUUCGAUGGGGAGAUUAUGACUCUCAUGAUAUUGAGCGUUACACCAGAGCCAAGUUUAUGGAUUAUACAUCGGAUAGCAUGUCUAUCUAUCCGUCUCCAACCGGUGUAGUGAUUGGGAUUGAUCUAGCGUACAACUUGCACUCUGCGUUUGGUAAUUGGUUCCCCGGGUCGAAGCCUCUUCUUACUCGAGCGAUGGACAAGAUUAUGAAGUCGAAUCCGGCUCUACACGCGUUGAGGGAUAGGAUAAAGAAAGGUCUGCAGUUAUACUCGUCCACUCCUACGGAACCGUAUCUGUCAUCUCAAAACUAUGGUGAAGUAUUCAACAAUCAGAUUAAAUGGUUUGUUGAUGAUACUAAUGUGUACCGUGUCACGAUUCACAAGACGUUUGAGGGGAACUUAACAACUAAGCCGAUCAACGGUGCGGUUUUUAUUUUCAAUCCGAGGACUGGACAGAUGUUCUUGAAAGUUAUCCAUACGAGCGUCUGGGCAGGUCAGAAGCGUCUCAGCCAGCUGGCGAAAUGGAAAACAGCUGAAGAGGUUGCUGCGCUUGUGAAGUCUCUCCCCGUCGAAGAACAGCCGAACCAGAUCAUUGUUACACGUAAAGGAAUGAUGGAUCCUCUGGAGGUUCACUUGCUGGAUUUCCCCAACGUUGUUAUCAAGGGAAGCGAGCUGCAGCUUCCAUUCCAGGCCUGUCUCAAGAUUGAGAAGUUUGGUGAUAUGAUUUUGAAGGCGACGGAGCCGCAGAUGGUUUUGUUCAACAUCUAUGAUGAUUGGUUGACGAGCGUUUCUUCGUAUACCGCCUUCUCGAGACUCGUUCUGAUACUCCGCGCGCUUCAUGUGAAUAACGAGAAGACUAAGAUGUUGUUGAAGCCAGACAAGUCUGUUGUCACUGAGCCGCAUCAUAUCUGGCCAUCGCUCACUGAUGAACAAUGGAUUAAAGUGGAGGGAGCACUAAAGGAUGUUAUCAUUAAUGACUACGCGAAGAAGAACAACGUGAACACGUCUGCUCUGACGCAAUCGGAGAUGAGAGAUAUUAUUCUAGGAGCUGAGAUCACUCCACCUUCUCAACAGAGGCAACAGAUUGCUGAGAUUGAGAAACAGGCCAAGGAAGUCAGCCACCAGUCAGUCACAACCAGAACGACAAAUGUUCAUGGUGAAGAGCUCAUUGUCUCCACCAUUAGCCCCUACGAGCAAGCUGCGUUUAGUUCCAAGACGGAUUGGCGUGUGCGUGCAAUUUCAGCUACCAACCUCUACCUCAGAGUCAACCACAUCUACGUGAACUCGGAUGAGAUAAAGGAAUCAGGAUACACGUACAUCAUGCCAAAGAACCUCCUGAAGAAGUUCAUAUGCAUAGCGGAUCUUCGUACCCAAAUCGCUGGAUACUUGUACGGUAUCAGUGCCCCGGAUAAUCCUCAAGUGAAGGAGAUCCGUUGCAUUGUGAUGGUGCCGCAGCGGGGAAGCUCCCACUCUGUUCUCUUACCGUCAUCUCUUCCUGAGCAGAAUGAUUUAUUAAACGAUCUCGAGCCCUUGGGAUGGUUGCACACACAGCCUAACGAGCUCCCACAGCUCUCGCCGCAGGAUGUUAUCUCUCAUUCCCGGAUUCUGGAGCAGAACAAGCAGUGUGAUGGAGAAAAAUGCAUCGUCAUGACGUGUAGUUUCACUCCGGGUUCGUGCUCUUUGACGGCUUAUAAGUUGACGCAAAGUGGAUACGAAUGGGGACGUCUCAACAAGGAUAAAGGCAGCAGCGGCGAUCCUCGCGGUUACGUUCCCACACAUUAUGAGAAGGUGCAGAUGCUGUUGAGUGACCGUUUCUUUGGGUUCUUCAUGGUUCCUGAGAACGGAUCUUGGAACUACAAUUUUAUGGGAGCUAAGCACGCGGUGGAUAUGAAGUACGGCGUCAAACUUGGAAACCCAAAGGAGUACUUUGACGUGGAGCAUCGACCCACUCAUUUUCUGGAGUUCAGCAACAUGGAGAAUGUUGACAUGGUCGAGGGAGAUCGAGAGGACAUCUUUGGUUGACUUUAUUUCUCUGUAAUGCACUUCUUGUUGACUUGUAGUUGCGUAUGAAGAAUAUCUGUGCUUACUACUAUCUUAUGAUUUAAUGCAAUGUUGAGAGCUCCUUUAUGCAACUGCUUUGUUUUUGUCUUCAUUUUGAGAUCUUGAGUUUUGCUUCCUUGCUGGCUUCUGGUAUUUGCUUAGUUUAAGAUUCAAUUUUUCAGAGAAAUUCUUGUACUGAGAGACAUCACUUUGUUUUUUUUUUUGGAGUAUUACAUAUUUGUAGUAUUUUGGAUGUAAAUGUACUUGAAGAUAUAUGUCUGAUAAUCGAGAAGCUUUGUCUUU